GGCGCGCGGGGCGGCUCGCGGUACGUGACAACCCCGGGGCGGGAAGGGAAGAGGGGCCGCUCGGGUUUCCUCACAGGGAGGGGGGAAUGGCCGCCUCCUCACACCGCCGCUCACCCCCGGCUGUCGGUGCCGCCUGCGCGGGGGUCACGGCCUUUCCCCCCCGCUCCCGUUGAGUUAUGAGGUACUUUGGCGCGUGAGCAGAAAUAACGCGUGUGUUUCUCUAUAUAUAACGUGUGUAUACAUAGAUACGCGUGUAUAUAUAGCUGUGUGUGUGUGUAUGGAUACGUGUCUAUAUAUACACGCGCAGAUGUACGUACAGCAGCCGGGCUGUGUGGGGCCUGGGGCCGAGGCCCCGGGCCCUGUGUCCUGAUGCCCCCACACAGGGAAAGCAGGUGCGUCAGCUAAAACGCGUCUGGUUUUCCCCUGUUGUGAUGUUUCCUGGCUCUUCCGUUACUGAAGAAGCCGGAGGAUUGUUUUGUUCUGCAUGUUGGCUCUGUGGAUGCAGCGUCCAGAAGAGGUGAAGGGUUUGGAGGGUUGAGCGGCUGAAGUCACUGGGUUUGUUCAGCCUGGAGGACGCUGAGGUGACACCUCAUGGCGGUUACAGCUUCAUCACAACGGGAGCAGGAGGGGAAAGUGCUGAACUCUGCUCUUUAGUGACCAACAACAGAACCCAGGGAAUGGCAGAAGAUGUGCCAGGGGAGGUUUAGGUUGGACAUUAGGAAAAGGUUCUUCCCCCAGAGGUGCUGGACACUGAACAGGCUCCCCAGGGAGGUGUCACAGCCCCAGCCUGACAGUGUUCAUGAAGAGACUGGACAACGCCCUCAGACACGCGGUGUGACCUGUGGGGUUGUCAGUGCAGGGACAGGAGUUGGACUCGAUGGUCCUUGUAGGUCCUUCCCAACUUGGGACAUCCUGUGAUUCUCCAGUGAAGCAGUUAUCCUUGGAAGACUGUGGCUGUUGAGCGCAGCAGCACUACUGCUGUGAAGAAAAUACUACUUGUCAUUGAAAAGAAAAGGGUAUAAUUAAUUGGUGAGAGAAGAGCUUGUUUUUGAAUAUUUAUCGCGUGUUAAGAAACAAGUCACUAAACCCAGCCCAAAGCUAAUGUCGUCAGAAACGCCAACGGAAAGUCCAGAGGUAUCAGCGGAAAAUACCAUGUCCCCUGAAAUUCCGGAUGUAGAAGAGAAGGUGAAGUCAAGUGACAACCCAGUAGAAGGACGGGAGGCCGGCUCAGACAAGGAAGAAUGCCUGGAGCCCAUGUCUAAGAGACAAAGGAAGAAGCUGUUGAAGCAGAAACAGUGGGAAGAACAGAAAGAUCUACGCAGGCAGAAACGAAAAGAAAAACGCCAGAAGAGAAAAUUAGAACGUCAGUCAAAAUUGGACUCUGGUAAUGAAGGGAAUGACAGAAAGCGUAUGCGAAGGGAAGUUGUUCCUAGCACACUUCGCCUCAUCGUGGACUGCAGCUUUGAUGACCUGAUGGUGCUAAAGGAUGUUAAGAAGCUCCACAAGCAAAUUCAGAGAUGUUAUGCAGAAAACCGCAAAGCAUUUCAUCCUGUGCAGUUUUACUUGACCAGCCAUGGAGGACAGUUGAAAAGAAACAUGAAUGAAAAUGACAAAGGAUGGGUGAACUGGAAGGAUAUCCAAAUUAGAACAGAGCACUACAGUGAGCUAAUAAAGAAAGAAGACCUAGUCUAUCUUACCUCAGAUUCCCCGGACGUUCUCAGUGAGCUUGAUGAGAAGAAAGCCUAUGUGAUUGGAGGACUGGUGGAUCACAAUCACCACAAGGGAAUUACUUAUAAAAAAGCUGUAGAGCAGGGAAUUGGUCACGCACAGCUCCCGCUUGGAAACUUCGUCAAGAUGAACAGUCGCAAAGUAUUAGCUGUCAAUCAUGUGUUUGAGAUCAUCCUUGCAUACCUGGAGAAGAGAGACUGGAAGGAGGCCUUUUUCAGUGUCUUGCCACAGCGGAAAGGGGCUGUUCCUUUGGGAGAAGCCAAUGACCCGUCCAAACAUGCUCUGUCUGGAAAAGAAGAUCAAGACAAUGACUCGGACAGCAGCGAGGCUUCAGAAUAAGAAGAUGGGAAAGAAGAGACACACGGUUCAUGGGAUGAAACUGGGAUGUGCAGUAGUUACACUUCAAAGACCAUCUGCUGCCCUUGUGAUACUCAAUUGUCUCAGUGCUCAUAGUUCCACAGUUGGCCCAGAGCUGUUUGUGGACACAAAGGGUAAAGAUAAAUGCAGGUUUUUACCCUGAAACUUCCAUUUUAAUAGCUUUAAACAAACAAACAAACAAAAUUAAUGGUAAAUGCAGAAUUUAUGUUGUUUCCCAAGGAAGCUUUUUUUUUUUUUUUAAUAUAUACCAAGUUGGGUGUAUUACCCAAGAGCAUUGGUAGUUACUAUUUUAAUGUAUGCAUUCUCCAUUUCUGCUCUAAGGUUUCUUAAAAGCAGUUAAUGACAAGCGUUCCUGUUACCUCAAAACCUGCUGCUGCUAGUGUCUGUUGCAAAGUGUCCAUGACACUCAAAAAAUAAAGAAAAAAGUCUUUUUUCUGAGCAUCUCAGCAGAUGGUCACAAGCAACUGAACGGCCUUUAUCAGCUGAGCCACACUGAUUUCUGUACCGUGUUUAGUCAGCCAGGGUCAGUAGAUGAAAUACGACUGUGGAGUUAAGCCAAUGCUUACUUCGGCUUGAGUAGGAUGGAAGUCUGCACAAGUGCCUUGGCUGGCACGUGGUGCACGUUGAGUUGAGGUGACACAAUCCAUUGUGAUUACUCCUUGAUCCUCUUAGCGAAAUUUAUCGCACAGCCUCAGAACAAUACCGGGAGACAGGAACUCUUUCUGACAAGUCACUUGCUCAGUUUCUGUAUACCUGUUUUAUCAUAUGAUCCUCCAUGUAUUGUCUGUCAAAUAUUUUUUCCUUUUAAAAAAAAAAAGUCAUAGUCUCCAUCUUGGCUGGAUAUUCUGACUCAGCUUGUGUCUAACUGACUAGAGUGCUUUUGCAAUCAGUUUUAGAGCAAGUGCAGCUUUCACAUAGGUUGGCUGAAGAGUGUAAGAACAUGUCAUCAUAGCUGUUGAUCUUUGCUGAACUGGAAUCAGAGGGCUGAUCCUGUAUGAUUUGGCUUGUAUCCAUUUGUAUUCCUCCCUCUGUUGCGACAGCUUUCAAAUGGAAACUAGAAGUGGGAUCCCUGCAGGUCCCUAAGGUCUGUAAAGGGUUGGCAACCAACCGGUUUUGACUCUAUGCACUCACUGCGCUUCUCUCUAUACUUUCCAAGUAACUGUAGAAAGCUGCUUCUGGUAAAAGUAUGGAUUGUGUUUUGUUGCUCAAGUAAUGUGGGGGGUUUUUUAUAAAAGUAUUGCUGGUUUUAUUUCCAUAACAAAAAGUGCAGCAUAAGUAUGCCCACCAUGUAUUACACUGAUUCUUGGAUAGAAAUGUUUAAAGCAGUGAAAUUACAAGGAGUUACAUCUUUACAGCUGAGGUUCUGCGUGUUGAUGCACAUAGCACCUAUUAAACCUGAACUAAGACUCUUCA